AAGAAAGUGAAGUUUUCAGUAUGUCAACAGAACAGAUUUUCACGCGUUAACUGAGAAUUGGUUCGUGUAUAUUCACUGUGAUUGUGGAAAUGCGCAAUUACGCGCGGCAACGGCUGCAGAGCUGGAAGAACCCUCUGGAAUGUAUUAAUUGCUGACGAAUCCUUUAUUUGGAUUAUUUCUAACGGAUUAUUACAGAGUAAACAUAAAAUUAAAGUCAUGCUGUAUUUAAUCUGUCUAUUGUGUCUCGUCGACAUUUCUGAUGCAGUUGUGGAUCUCACAAUGACAUCUAACGGGGCCACGUCUGCUCAUAAUUUCCGCCUCUCCUGCAUUUCUGGAGAGCGUGAUGCUGAUGGCAUUCAGCUGAGCAUCAAGAAGGACAACAGUAUUGUCCGUCGUGUAGAUCCACCUUUCUUUACUGUGGAGAGGCCACAGGCUCUAGAAGUGGUGGCUUUUGGAUUUACGGGCUUUGAUCACAGUGGAAUUUUCUACUGUCACUCAAAAAGGGGCACUGACCAACUUGGCAAUGUUACACUCAUCAACAACUUCAGCAGAGGUCAUUUUAGACCAGUGAGGGUCUCUUUGACGGCCAGUAAAGGAGACACAGUGCAUCUAACCAUGGACGUGCUUGGGACAGAUCGAAGAGACAUUGCAUGGAAAUUCAAUGGUAACUAUUACUACAUGACACCUAUUGCUGAUGUUCAGAACCGCACAGCAGUCCUGGAUCUGGAGAACAUUGAUGAAAAUUACGCAGGGAUCUACAGUGCCAGCUAUGUUGGGGACAGUGCUCUCUAUAGUGCCUUGAUGCAUCUCAUCGUUCGUGAAUGCCCAAAGAACAAAUGGGGCUCAGACUGUGACAAGGACUGUCCUGAGUGCUUGAAUGGAGGCAUAUGCCAUGACAAACAUGGAGACUGUGUCUGCCCUCCAGGCUUCAUGGGAGUGCGCUGUGAGACAGCCUGCCGUGAAGGAAUGUUUGGCCGAAACUGCCAGGAAUCCUGUAAGUCAGUGAGUGGUUGCCAGGGCUUGAGUUUCUGUCUCACGGAUCCUUAUGGGUGUUCCUGUGCCAGCGGUUGGUAUGGAGAUCGCUGUCGUAAACCCUGCCCUGAAGGAAUGUACGGGGCUGAUUGUCUUUUAAGUUGCAACUGCAAGAACAAAGGGAAAUGCAAUCGCUUCAGUGGCUGCCAAUGUCCAACAGGCUGGAGAGGCCAGCACUGUGAGAAAUCAGAUCGUGCACCAGAGAUUUUGGACAUGGCCAGUAACCUGGAGGGGAACCUGAACUCCAGCCAUAAGAUCACAUGUUCUGCCACAGGCCACCCUCUGCCCAGCCACAUGAGCAUUGAGCUACGCAAGCUGGAAAGCACUGUGCUUAAGGCGUCCCAUACUACCAUGGAUUCAAAGAAAAGCACCGCUCAGUUUGAGAUCCCACAUCUCUCUGCAGAGCAUAAUGGGGUGUGGGAAUGUCGAGUCUCCACCAAUGGUGGACAGGACUCUCGCAAGUUUACUUUAACUGUGAGAGAGCCACCCUACCCAACCACUACUCCUAAACUGCUGAUGAGGAGUAGCAAACAACUGGUUGUAAAGCCAAUGGACACUUAUGCGGGUGAUGGUCCAAUUAUUUCCACUAAGCUACUUUACAAGCCAAUGGAUACAGGAGACUCCUGGUCCUCCAUCAUAGUGGACAGCAAAGAUCCCAUCACAUUGAUGAACCUGAAGCCAUCAACCAGAUACCAUGUCCGUGUACAACUUACUCGACCAGGGGAUGGAGGAGAGGGUCCUUUGGGUCCAGAGACAAUCAUAGAGACUGACUGUCCAGAGCCCACAGCCAGGCCGGAGAUUGAUUCCAGCUCAGUGGAGGGGCGUAACACCACCAUCAGGUGGUCUCUGAUUGACGGGUCCCACGAGGCCACUGGCUUUUUAGUGCAGCUCUUCGGCCCACAUGGAGAGAAGCUAUGGGAAGAAACCACCUUGCUAAAUGUGCUCUCCAUCAAGCUCUACAACCUGGAGUACCACAGGGACUACCAAGUGGUCGUCCUGCUGGUAAACUGCGGCAGCCGUGGGCCCCCUUCAAAGCCCCACCAUAUCCAUAUCUAUAAGCAGGGUAACCGAAAUCUUGCAAGCCCUUCUUCUCCACGUAACGUUCAGGCUGAUGCUGUGUCCAUAAGUGUGGUCAGGCUUCGUUGGCAGCCCCCUGAAGACCCCAAUGGAGGCAUUGUCAAAUACAGCAUUGAAUACCAGCCAGUGGGAAAGGGCAGCUUGCACCCUUGGGUGGACACAGAUGAUGGCAACAAAACUACGAAAGAUGUGACAUCUCUCAAUGGGAGCACCUUGUACCAGUUCAGGGUGAGAGCUUUCUCCAAGGUGCCAGGAGAGUGGAGCAAGUUUGUACAAGCCAGGACCCCAAGAGAUGGAUUCUCCAGCUUUACUCCCACCACUCAGCAAGUUGGAAGGCCGAUGGCUGAGGACCAUCAGUUACUUUGGGCUGUGGUUGGGUCAGUGGCUGUGACCUGUGUAACCAUUCUUCUGGCCCUUCUUGCUCUCUUCUACAUUCGUAAAUCUGUCCUUAAGCGGAGAAGGACGUUCACCUAUCAGUCUGGAUCGGGAGAAGAAACUAUCUUACAGUUCAACUCCGGAACUCUCACAUUGACCCGACGGCCAAAGCCCUCCCCAGAGGCACUCACCUAUCCCAUACUGGAGUGGGAGGACAUUAAGUUUGAGGAUGUAAUUGGAGAAGGGAACUUCGGUCAGGUCAUCAAGGCUAUGGUCAAAAAAGAUGGCUCAAAAAUGAGUGCUGCCAUUAAAAUGCUGAAGGAGUUCGCCUCAGAGAAUGACCAUCGGGAUUUUGCUGGUGAAUUAGAGGUGCUGUGUAAAUUGGGACAGCAUCCCAACAUAAUAAAUCUCAUCGGAGCUUGCGAGAACAGAGGUUACCUAUACAUUGCCAUUGAGUAUGCACCUUACGGAAAUCUCCUGGAUUUCCUAAGAAAGAGUCGUGUGCUGGAGACCGAUCCUGCCUUUGCCAAGGAGCAUGGAACUGCAUCCACACUCACCUCCCAGCAGCUCUUGCAAUUUGCUGCUGAUGUAGCAACUGGCAUGCAUUACCUUAGUGACAAACAGUUCAUCCACAGAGAUUUGGCAGCCAGAAAUGUACUUGUGGGAGACAACCUAGUAGCAAAAAUCGCUGAUUUUGGGCUCUCACGUGGAGAAGAGGUGUAUGUCAAAAAGACCAUGGGAAGGCUGCCUGUGCGAUGGAUGGCCAUCGAGUCACUAAACUACAGUGUUUACACAACAAAGAGUGAUGUAUGGUCUUUCGGAGUACUUCUGUGGGAAAUUGUGAGUUUAGGUGGAACCCCAUACUGUGGGAUGACCUGUGCUGAGCUCUAUGAGAAACUUCCUCAGGGCUACAGAAUGGAGCAGCCCAGGAACUGUGAUAAUGAAGUGUACGAACUGAUGAGACAGUGCUGGCGAGACCGACCCUAUGAGCGACCGCCAUUUUCACAAAUAUCUGUCCAGCUAAAUAGAAUGCAAGAGGCUCGGAAGGCCUAUGUCAACAUGGCCCUCUUUGAGAACUUCACUUAUGCUGGAAUAGAUGCUACAGCUGAAGAGGCCUGACUACUUGCCCCCCCAGACCCAAGCAGGGUUCAUAGCCCGAGGGAGGCUCAUCACAGUAGGGCUUUGCGCUACUGUCACUCUCCUGUGGCCAGGUUCCAUUGUUCAAAGAGACACUCCACCAAGACCACAUGGCUAUAGAGAAUGGACUGUGAAAGGACACUGUUAGGGGCAUUGACUCUCUUUGGCUAGAUUCUGGAAGGGCAUCUCAGGACCUGUAGACACGUGUUGACCUUGGAUUGCUCAAAAGCAAAUGGAACCUACAAUAUGAGCUACAUCUGUAGCAGGCUGGGUCUGUGGGGAUCUGGACCAUGUAUUGAUAUUUUUCUUGGGAGAAUCGUUUUGUGAGGUUGUUGAAAUGGACAUCAAAUGCAGUUCAUUCCGUGGACAAAUGUGCCAGUAUCAUUCAAUGUAACACUUGAGAAAAGUAAUGAAUAUGUACAAUGUAGUAGUUUCCUUACUAAGACUCAUGCAGGGUCCAAAAUUAACAGUUGGCAAUUGCCAAAUGCGAGUGAAAAUGACUUUGUCGAGUAAAUAAACUCACCACUGGCCAGAACUGCAGAAUAAUAUGUGGUUAAAAUGUAAUUGUAAGAAUGAUAGUCUAGCCCUCAUUGAAGUAAGCGGCACAGCAAUUCAAAUCGAAGAAAUACAAGCCAUCUACUAAAGACUCACCCAUCUUCUGACAAAUUUUACCAUCAGAAGUUUAUCCAUGAUAAGUUUUUUCUCCAGAAAUUUGGAGAAAAAAAUAUGUGGAAGCUACCAGAACGAAUAUAUAUGGAGCAUUACAAAAAUCUUUUUCUUAAUUAGAAUUAUUGUCUUGUAUUCCAGGAAAAAUAUCUAAACAUCAUUAAAGCAACAUACAUUUACUUGAGAAGCAAAAAGAUAUUAAGUCUUAAUUUCAGAGAAAUCUAACAAACUUUUGUGAAGUUUUGUGAAGUUGUCUUGGACUUACACUGAUACCUAGGGGUGUGGAUGCAGCAUCAUUUAAACUCAAUAGUUUUCAGGUCCAGAUGCCAUUGCAGAAAUUCACUAUUCACAGCCAGCCAGGAUUAAAUCCCUGACUGAAAGUGUCCAAUCAAAGGGUGGUCACUGAGAUUAAGCGAGUAGUAUUUGGUUUGUCAUGUGAUCCUAACAUGACAGCCCCCAUGAGGGGACCCUCUCCAUGUAAAAUAAAGGCAGAGGCUAUUUGCACUAAGUGCAAAUAGCAAUAGAUGCUAUUUAUACUAAGUGCAAAUAGCAACAGAUGCUAUUUUCACUAAGUGUAAAAAGCAACAAAAAGCAUCUUCUUUGCACUAAGUGCAAAAAGCCUUAGAUUCUCUUACACCCCUGUUUAAAUUCUAACAUACAGUAUAGUGGCAUCACUGCAGCAUUUCUAUUGUGUUUAUUUGGAGUCCCACAGACAACCUACACCAACCCCUAACCCUAACCCUACCUUACAAAAAUUUAGCAUUGUUUUACUACAGUAACCAUAGUAUCACUAUGGUAUUUUUCUAGUAAAAUCAUAGUAACCACAAAAUUAAACAUGGUUACUAUUAACUACUAUUAACAACAUGUUACUGUAGUAACACCAUGGUUAGUACAUCAGAACUAUAUAGUUUCCACCAAAACACAUGGUUACUACAAUAUUACUAUAGUAAAACCAUGGUUAAUUUUAUCCGGAUCAAAUCCUUCUCUCAACUCCCCGACCUUCACUGUGACCAAAUCACUGUGAGGAAUCUCUUUUAUUUAUCACUAUAAGUAGUAUUAUAGGAAAUAUUAAGAGUAGAGGCAUGGGAAAAAAAAAUAUGUCAGAGGGUGGGAUUCAAAUGCAGGUCUCCAGCAUGACAGCACACACGUACCGUCAUUACACCCAGAGCUACUACAGCUGCACAUGGGGGGCACAGUUUGUCAUAUAAUCCUGUUUCCACCAGACUGUUGGAGCGCAAAGAGUCAGUUAUCCAAUCUCUUAAUCCACUAAAUGUCUUAACCCGUUAACCAGUUUAAUGUCUCUGCCCCAUCGCGAAAAAUUCUAAUAUGCCCGCCUUCAUCUGAUCAGCAAUUGACCCCAGAUAAAUCUGUCUUGGCUGUCUUGAGUUUGGUCUGAGCAGUGGUGGGCAGAGUUAGUGUAAAUAGCCUCUGCCAACAAGAAGGGCUAUUUGCAUUUAGUGUAAAUAGACACUCCGCUAUUUGACUUGUCAUGUGAUCCUAACAUGGCAGCCCCCAUGAGGGGACUCUCUCCAUGUAAAAUAAACAGCUUUUAUAAGGUUACUUGUUUUUUUGUUUUUUAUAAGGUUAUGAUUGAAGUAUUCAUCUCAUGCGAGUGCUCAUGAUUUUAGACAUUAGUUUCAAAAUUACAAUUAAUUUCUUUAGAAGUAGAUCUUUUUAAAUGAGGAAAUAAUUACUGUGUACCUUAAAAACAAGAAGAAAAAAAAACUAUUUGCCAAUAGGGUAAGAAAAAAUUAAAAGAAACAAAUUCUCGAUGAAGUAAGUUUAUUUUUCUUUUCUCAGUCUGUCAUUUUGCUUCUCAAGUAAAUUGUAUGUUGUUUUAUGUAUGUUUAGAUAUUUUAACUGGAAAACAAGUCAAAAAUACUUACUAAAAAUUAUAUUUAGAAAUAUUCAAGAUAAGAGAGGCAGACUUUUUUUUUUAGACAUCUUUUAUAUGAUGCUGUGAGUGACACUGUGACCUACACUUUUUGUCAUGAUUAAAUAAAAAUAAUGCAAAACAGUUUCACAGCAGGCUAGAAACAUUUAUGGUCAGUAGAUUUUCUUAAUUCAGUGGUUAAAAAGUUUAUUUCAGACCCUGGUCUUGGGUGAUCUCUGUACAUAGAAUUUCUGUUCUGUUUAUUAGACAAUGGAUAGCCAGUAAAGAUUGUAAGUUCCUUUUUUAUGUAAUGUCUAGAAGUAAUGUUAUGUAUGACAUAUGUAUGGCAUGCUAAAACCAUUUAAAAAGAACAUUAGAGAAUGUGUUCAUGUUGAUAAAUAAAGUAAAUAUGUGGUGACAGGUCUCAUCACAGCGGCAA